UUUUGACAGUUCGAUUAGAUUGAGAGUCGAAUUAAAUAUUUUCUUGUUAGUUUUUUUAAAUUUUUAAAUCUUGAUUUUUUUCUUGGUGGACGGUACUUUCUCAUCUUACCAUUCGUGAUGUCACAAAGUUGUCGAAGAACCUCACGAAGGAUCAUCAUGACCCCGCGCGACCCCCGCCCAUUCGGGCCAGCCAAGCCAGGGACCAGUCCCGACUUCUAGCACAAAGCAUAUGUGACAGGAGGAAAUUGUCACUUUUGACUGUCGUAUUUUCUCGGAGCAUCACCAAACCCUGCCAGGCGCUUUUUUUCCAGAAUGGCUCGGACUCCGACUUAACCGAGUGCCUUGAUAAUUGAUCCGUUGAAACAUUUUUUUUCUUUACACCCAUAACUGAGCAGGCAUAAUGCACUCGAGCAUCGGCGUUGGUGAAUCGAUGAAGUCGAUAGUCGCAAAGGGCAUCCAGACGGAGAUGGGCAGCCCGUACGGGGGAACGGGCUUCGUCACCGAGAAGAUGUACAUGCUCCUCCAGCUCUACAUACAGAACAAGGGCUGGAAUCAGGUCGAGCUUCAGUAUAUCUCCGAGUCGAAGGACGGUUCAAUGCUCCCGAGCGCCGCUUACGUCCAGAUGAUGGCAUCGAGAAUGACCCUCGAUUCUCAAGGAAGACUGAUAUUAAGGGAUAACGGGAAAAUCAUCCUUCCUUUUGAGCAUUUUGCGAACGCGGUGAUGCUCAAGCACAUGAACGGUCCUCACGGGCUUCAUUUAGGUUUAGAAGGCACAUUAAGAGCUGUGAUGGAUUCUUACACAAUUGGCCGGGAGAAUUUCGGCAUGGAGAAGGAGUUCAUUGUCGAAGUCGUCAACAAUUGUCCAAACCCGGCGUGCCGGUUUUAUAAAUCUCAGCUUGACAUCAGCCACAACAAGCCGACUUACAUACCCGAGCCUUCGAGAAAAUCAGGCUCUAUAGGUGAGAGUAGUACGAGCGACAUGGACAGGAUGAGCAAGGGCACGCCUCUGCCGCCUUCGCAGAACCAGCACAAACUCUCUGAUUUCCUUAAAUCUAGCCUUGAUAACCUUGACAGUUUAACAAGUGCUAACAAGGUAAUGGAGGAUUUGCUCGCAGUCCAUAAUGGCGCCUGGCUCAACCAGGAGACGACUGAUGGUAAAAAACAUGCCUCAUCAAACACAGAAGUCGGCCAGGAGAAAAUCAUAAGAGCUUUUAGCGAAAUAAUGAAGAAUAUGACUAGGAUCAAGACAUUUGUCCGACCGGCGAUGUGCAAGCCUUACGGGAAACAGUCGGAAGCGUUACAAAAAACCAUCAUAGAUACGAUUCAGCUAGUGCAGUCGUUGAGGUUGAUCCUCCCGCCGCCUCACAUAGCCGUGAGCAGCUGGAAGAACGAGGACAAGCAUAGGAUAUUCAAGAACUCUUCAUUGCUCUAGGAAGGGUGUACCUGGACUAGACGAAUUUUGCGAGUCUAUCCGCUAGAAUUGCAGUUUGCGAGAGGCCUGAGGGUCGUCUAGUCAUCCUGACGCGCUGUGAUAGGCCUCUCGAACUGGCCGACUUAAAAAAAAAUAUAUAUAAUAUAUAAAUGUUUUAACGUGACUGUAAAUUCCUCUUAGAUCUGAACUUUUUAAAAUGACUUAUUUAAACAAAAAUCUUGUUGUGAUCGUUUCCUUUUUUCUUUUUUUUUUAUAAGCCUUACGAUGGUUCAAAGGUCUUCCUUUUUAAUUAAAAUCAAAAUAGCCAUGAUUGGCCUUUCAUUGCUAAUGUAUUAUUAUUAAUUAGAAUGCAAAAAUAUACGUAAAUUUCAGUGCACUUGGUAUAAAAUUUGAGCACUUGUCUUGACUUCUAUUAUUACGAGAAUUUUU